CCUGUUUUUGUGACCUUAACCUUGCAUGUGGAGAGGGGGAAUUCCAGACAGCCAUGUCUCUGGUUACCGAUGCCUUUGUGUCGCAGAUCGCAGCCGUGGAACCAUGGCCUGAAAAUGCUACUCUUUAUCAGCCGAUGAAAGGUGAACAAGUUCUGCUUUCUGACAAUGCAUCCUGUCUUGCUGUCCAGGCCUUCUUACAAAUGUGCAAUCUGCCAGUCCAGGUGGUUUGUAGGGCAAACGCUGAAUAUAUGUCUCCAUCUGGAAAAGUUCCUUUUAUCCAUGUUGGGAAUCAAGUAAUAUCAGAACUGGGACCAAUAGUACAAUUUGUAAAAGCCAAGGGCCAUUCCCUCAGUGACGGUUUGGAUGACGUCCAGAGAGCAGAGAUGAAAGCCUACAUGGAACUGGUUAAUAACAUGCUAUUGACAGCAGAGUUAUAUAUUCAGUGGUGUGAUGAAGCUACACUAGAGGAGAUCACUCAGCCCCGGUAUACCUCGCCGUAUUCAUGGCCACUCAAUGCCAUCCUAGUUCUUCAAAAGAAAUGGGAAAUUAAGAGGAAAAUGAAAGCCAUUGGCUGGGCUGGGAAGACACUGGAACAGGUUUAUGAGGAUGUAGAUCAGUGCUGCCAGGCCUUAUCUCAGAGGCUAGGAACCCAGCCCUAUUUCUUUAAUAAACAACCCACUGAGCUGGAUGCUCUGGUAUUCGGACAUCUGUUCACAAUCCUCACCACUCAGCUGACUAACGAUGAACUCCAUGAAAAAGUCAAGAAUUACAGCAACUUGAUUUCCUUCUGCCGAAGAAUUGAGCAGAACUAUUUUGAAGACCACGACAGGGACAGUUCCACUGGCUCUUCCAUGAGAUUAUCCAAAGGUCCAGCACUGCCUUAGAGUUUCUGUUAUGUUUUUUUUUGUGGGGGGGCACGUUAUGGGAAUGAGAAUAAAAAUGUUUUGUAAAGUUUACUAUGUGCAUACAGUGACUGGCCCUUCACAUGGCAAACAAAGCACCCUUAGAACCAGACUGUAUCUGCAUCAUAAUAAAUUUAGGACAACUGAAUGAAGAGUACACUUCCUUCUUUUUGAUCUUACCCCAAGCCCCUGACCAAGACUUAUACAGAUGUAGCAAACAGUGGCUUUAAUUCCUGACAGCAGAAGAACAAAGGACAGCUCAUUUGCAUUACACUCCAGGGAUCACAGUCCCCAAAUGCUAGUUACAUGAUGCAGUAGGGCUAGUUAAACUACUGUUUUCGGGGGUUUAACAAGGAUGAUCUCAGAAAAUCUGUGUGUUUACAAGGUGAUUAUCCCCUGUAACAGAUUAGCAUUCCAAAGAUGAGAGUGUAAAGUUAAUCCAGUUAAGUAACCAACUUCUCUUUUUUCCCUGUUGAGUUUUGCUAUAAGAAAUGUGUAUUAUUAUUGCUUACACUACUUCCUUUGAAACAAAGCCAUUUGGUGUCUAUUCCUUGACAUCUAUUGGAGAGGUUUGCAUCAGGUCUGCUUUGUCCAGCAUCCUCCUCCCUUUAAUCUAAAUGGGCUCACACAUUAGGUAACCAUCACCCAAACAUGCCCGUUUGAUGAGACUCAGCAGAGACUGGAUUAUUUUUUUCUGUAUCUUCCUAUUUCAACAUAUACUGAUGGAAUGUGUGCGUGUUGUGGGAGGUCUAUCUGUUGGGUUAAUGCAUAUGUCUGGGCCAAAUAUAAAAUAAAUAUAUAUUUCGUGCA